AUAUUCCGAUUAUCGAAGUAGUCGUGUUUGUCCAUGCAGAUUUGUCAAUCUGAUAUCGACACGCUAAAUGGAUGGUAAUCUUUUUUUUUUUUUUUAAAGAGUAAAACGCCCCCCCACGUCGAUGAGAGCUGCUUAUUACUUGAUGCUGUCAAAAUGAAGAAUUUUCUUUCCCGUCUCGCAUGUGCACUUUUAAAAAGUUGCUCGGAUGGUGCCAGUUGCGUGUGACCGAAACCAGCAGGCCGUCGGAUGGUUUAUAUUAUAUAUCUUAUUUACGAUUUAUAUUUAAUAAGAGAAUAUUUCAUUAAAACGCGGAGAUACGUUUGAAAUUUCAUGAAUUUGAGAUAAAGGGAUUUUUGAGAUGGCUCUUUUUAUGGAAGGUUUCAGUAAAGGUGUCCCCAGCAGUAUGAUGGCCCAGUUCCAGGAAGAAAUGCGGAAACAGCUAGAGACCUCCAUGGACAAGGAGCUGGAGAAGCUGCUCUCCAUGUCCGAGGGGGCUGACGUGGAGGUUUCCAGGAAGAACUUUGAAGGCUUCAAGAAGCUGUUCCACAGAUUCCUGCAGGAGAAGGGUCCAUCAGUGGAGUGGUCCAAGAUUAAUAGGCCUCCUGAGGACUCGAUCCAGCCCUACGACAAGAUCAAAGCCAAAGGCCUGUCGGGCAACGUGGCGGCCAUGUUGGACAAGCUGGCAGUGGUGAAGCUCAACGGGGGCCUGGGAACCAGCAUGGGCUGCAAAGGGCCAAAGAGUCUCAUCAGCGUCCGCAAUGAGAACACCUUCCUGGACCUGACGGUGCAGCAGAUUGAGCACCUGAACAAGACUUACAACACAGACGUGCCGCUGGUUCUCAUGAACUCCUUCAACACGGAUGAAGACACAAAGAAGAUCCUGCAGAAGUACACGCACCACAGGGUGAAGAUCCACACCUUCAACCAGAGCAGGUACCCGCGGAUCAAUAAGGAGUCCCUGUUGCCAAUGGCGACAGACUUGGGCAUGACGGGCGAGAACGCAGAGGCGUGGUACCCGCCGGGCCACGGCGACACCUACGCCAGCUUCUACAACUCGGGCCUGCUGGAGCGCCUCCUCACCGAAGGGAAGGAGUACAUCUUCGUGUCCAACAUCGACAACCUGGGCGCCACUGUGGAUCUGCACAUCCUGCACCACCUGAUGAGCCAGCCGAACGGCAAGCGCUGCGAGUUCGUCAUGGAGGUCACCGACAAGACCCGGGCCGACGUCAAGGGCGGCACGCUGAUCCAGUACGACGGCAAACUGCGGCUCCUGGAGAUCGCCCAGGUGCCCAAGGCCCACGUGGACGAGUUCAAGUCCGUCAGCAAGUUCAAGAUCUUCAACACCAACAACCUGUGGAUCUCGCUGGCCGCCGUCAAGCGGCUGCAGGAGAGGAAUGACAUGGACAUGGAGAUUAUCGUUAACCCCAAGACCCUGGAUGGAGGCCUCAAUGUGGUUCAGCUGGAGACAGCUGUGGGCGCCGCGAUCAAGUGCUUCGACAAGGCGUUGGGCAUCAACGUGCCCCGCAGUCGCUUCCUGCCCGUGAAGACCACGUCCGACCUGCUGCUGGUCAUGUCCAACCUGUACAGUCUGGAAGCCGGUUCCCUCACCAUGAGCCAGAAGAGGGAGUUCCCCACCACUCCCCAUGUCAAGCUGGGCAGCUCCUUCACCAAGGUGCAGGAGUACCUGACGAGGUUCGAGAGCAUCCCCGACAUGCUGGAGCUGGACCACCUCACCGUUUCCGGGGACGUCACCUUCGGGAAGCAGGUCUCGCUCAAGGGAACCGUCAUCAUCAUCGCCAACCACGGCGACCGGAUCGACAUUCCGGCAGGCGCCAUGCUGGAGAAUAAGAUUGUAUCUGGCAACCUGCGCAUCCUGGAUCACUGAGGCCUCAACUGUAAAGCCUUACUGCCACCAACCGGAUGGCCCGGUCACAUGACACACUGACAGCCCCCGUGAUUGGCCGCGCCCGACUGUGAAGGGAAGAGGGUGCUGCGAGCUCCCAUCGUGAUCUUGUGUCAAUGUCGUCCUUGUGUUCGAUCGCUUCUUUGUGAACCACGUGUCCCGCUGGAUCCCUUAGGGUGGAUGUGACAUUUUCACACCCUUGUAAAGGUCCUUAAAGGUCCCCCACCCACUAAAGGCAGUGCGUCACAUUUCUGCCUUCGAUAAACCAGAAUAAAGUGCAAUACGGA